AUGUUUUUCUUUCUGUAUCACAAUUUUGUCAACUCUCACCAAUCCGUUAUAACGACAAUGGAUGAUUUAUCUAAACAAAUUGCUGGAAUCACACUCGAACAAGAAUCCAAUGACGAUCAAUCCGAAGCCAAUGAUUUCUAUGAAACAAGACGAGUAUCGAGAAACGUCAAUUUUGCACGCUUAGAAAAAGGUCUCCUUCUAUUUAUCUAUAUUCAUGAAACAACGAAGUAUACACUUCACUUGGAAACAACAUUGUGGGAUCGUCGUGCAUGUUUCAAUGUGAUAAACAGCGGAAAUUGCUCGAAACCCCGUGAUCAAUGCCGUCGAGAGCAUGAAAUUCUCUAUCGCCAACCAAAUUUGUGUAUGUUCUGGUAUACGCAAUCAUGCAAACACAACAACUGUCGAUAUUCUCAUCGUUUCGAAAACUUAUCUCAAUAUCAUCAUUAUAUUUUCACGAAUACGGACAAUAUGAUAUUUAAAUUGAUUCGAUUUGUUCGAAAUUUUGCCGGACAUUACAUCGAUUCUGCAAUCGAAGAUGCCACUGAUGUUCAAGAACUUCAAAGAGAAGUUGUGGUGUUAAUGACACAUCUUGUACAUAGUCUGAGUCGAAAACGAGACAAUUCGAUUGAGCAUUUGAAUCUGUUUCUUGAAGCAACUACAAUCAAACAAAUGAUUUCCAUAGGGGAUCUGUUACAAAAACUCGAAAAACCGUACAGAGUACCGGAGAUCUUUUUCCAAUCGAGUAUAAAUUUUACAACACAUUGGUACAAAUGUGGAAGUAGCAAACGUUCGAUUGAUUUCAAACAAAUAUCUCCUGAGUGUCAAACAUAUUUCAAUAACAUCUUUGUUGGAUUUUACCACGGUCGACUUCGGUCACGCGGUGCGUCAGCAGCGUGGGAUUGA